AUGAUGCUUGGACGGGUGCCGGCGACCGCUAUCAUCUCCCUCAUCGCCCAUAACAACUGGCGGCAGGGCAAGGCUUCCUGCGUGGCCGUUUUGGCGAAAUCGGCGGCGCUAUCCCGUUCAGCCAACUUGCAAGCUCGUCGGUGCUGCUCAGCCUUCGCCUCCUCCAGCUCCAUGGGCUGCGGUGGAUCGACCGUCCUGCCGGCCACCGAGAAGGAGCAAAACGUCGUCGCCUCACCCGCCAAACAGACUCCUGUCGCCAAUAAGGCCCUUUCGGAGACGGGCGGAUCGGUGGAAGGUCCGCAGAGUAUUUCUAGCAAUUCGUUCUCCCAGCAGACGACGGCUCCUGUCGUCGGAAGUCCUACUCUUCUCGCCAAAAGCCACGACGUACAGCAGCAGCAACUUCGCAACAAGCACUCAAGGUCAAUCCUUCUACAGUACAUUCAGCGCUGGCUUUUCUUAUUGCACUUCUUGAGAAUUUUUUCCGUAGUAACCUUCGAAUUUGUAGGAACGUUAGCUCCCGAAAAGGAAUUUUUUGCGCGAAUUUUUUUUCUCAAUUCAGAGCGAGCCGGCUAUGACCUUCAUCAUUAAAUGUUUUGAAACCGCUGUGUUUUUCUCAAAUAGUUAGUUAAAAUAACUAUACCACUCAUCAAAAAUAGGGUUACAAAUAUAAAAUGUAUUGUUAAAAUAGCUUUUCAAUUAGCAAAAGUUUUUCUGAAAGAUUUUCUUAACUUUCGAAAUCUGUCAAAAUAUUUUCAAAGCAGAUUCGAAGUCUUUAACCGCGUCCGGAAACUUCGAAACGUCUUCGAUUAUCAAAAAUGUCAAAGAUAGCGUAAAAUGUACAACGUGAGAUCUACCCAAAUUCAUUCCGCGGAGUCUCAUCUUCUUCGUCAUGUGGUUAUUUUGCGGAUCAUGCUUCAACCAGAAAAGGUAUGACUUUAGGAAAAGCGCUCCAAUUAGUAUGAAUAAGGUGACAUUGACUGAAAUUAUGAGAUUGAAUUUUUCUUGGACCGAAAUUUUGACUGACGAACUGAACCCUAGCAUUGAUUUUUGAUUAGAGGAGAGGCCUUCUGUCAAUCAUUUUCUGAGUGAGCUGUGAUAUUUUUGGUUCGAGUUUGUGUUCUAACAGCUCACUACUCUAAUAACAGCUAUUUCGGGACGAAAACACUACGAAAAGCUCUAAAUCUUUUGUUAUCGCUAAUAGUGUGAAAUCCUAUUGAAUUUUUGUCUUAAUUUGGCAAUGAUUGAACUAAAGAUCAAAUUUUAAGCUUUAUGGUCAAACUAAAUUCGUAAAACAAGCAUUUUAAGUGGAAAGUCCAAAAAAAGCUUUUUAUACGCUUUAGAAUUUCAAAUUUUCCGAAAACAAAUAAGUUAACUAUUUGCUCAUGCUUGCAUACUUCUAUUCUCGCUUUUCGCUGUUCCAUUCCACGCCUCCGUGUUUUGCGUUAUCUCUCACGGAGGGCGUUUCUGUUUGUUGUUUCGUCUCUUUUUUUUUCUCGUCCGCCGUUCUCUUUAUGAGCUGAAAUCAACAGGAAGGAAGGAGCCACUCAUGCGACGACGUCCUCUUCUUCCGUUCCUCUCGUUGCGAUUGUGGCUCUUGCUCAGGAUUGGCAUCAUUUUUGCGUUGUUAGUUGAAAUCUGACGCAAUAGGCGUCUGUUUCGACACAGCCCUAGUAAAUAAGAGUCGAGUUCAGAAUAGUUUGUUUCGCCUUGGCUGCUCCACUGCCCAGGUCUUCCGCAUAUCCUUCCUUCUCUAGGCGAGCAGUUUUUCGAAUUGCUGAUUGUCAAAAGUUUCCUUAUUUCUUGUUGGAAUGUGAUUGGAUAAUUUUUGUUUCGUUCUCAUACAUAGGAUAAUCGAGACUUUUUACAUGUAGAAUUUCGGAGAAGAGGUUUCAAUACCUUUCAAAAACCUCAAAACGGGUUUUUAUUUUCAAAUAAAUUUUCCAAAAUCAAACUAUUUUAUUGCAAAGGCUUUUUGAGUUCUUGACGUCGCAUUAAUAUUUCUAACAAUUUCGAUACUGAUUAUACAUAAUUAAACAAGCUUGAUUGGAAAUAAAGUUUGUAUGAAAGAUUUUGACCGACACCUCGCCAAUCUCCCAUUCUCGGCCCUCUCGCACCUUACAAGGCGAAAAGUAGGUCGCGAAAUUGUGGCCUUGUGUUCCUUUUGAGCCAUUUUUGAGUCUAGUCUGGUCAGAAGAACUAAUUAGAAUCUCCUGUGUCUUGACAUAACACUGGGAAUUGCUUUUCGUUUUAGGCUCUUUAUGAAACUUUCCUUAUAAUCUUCAUACACCUUUCAAUGAAUUUACAACGAAAAACAUCCAAUGAGGAAAAUUUUGACAGUCGCUUACAAUAAUUGAUUUACCGCUUUUCCUAUAUUUAGUCGCGUUUGCUCCAUCUUAUCUGUUUGUCAUGUCUACGCAUUGCUUUUUUCAAGUUUGUAUUUUUCUUUUACGUUGCGCUUUUUUCAAUUCGUUGAACUGAAUUUGACUUCCUUGCAGGCCGAACACGCCCGAGGAAGCGCCGAUCGUCGUUUCGAGUUCAGCAGCCCGAACAAUGUCUUCAACUGGUUACCCCGUCUACGAAAUUGUGGAGAGAGGCUCCCUCUACAGCUUGGACUACCGACUUUACUUCAGUACGUGUUAUGGGUACAUGGAAAAAGCGGAAAAUCUUGUGGAAAACCGAGAAAAAAAUUAAUAAAAAAAUGGAGAAAAAAAUUUGCAAAAAAAAAUUUUUUUCGUGAUGUCUUGUCGAUAAUUUUUUUAUACGAAAAAGCUUAAAAUCUGUUAGAAUUCAAACUUUUGAAAAGAAAUUUAAGACUUCCUGUGUUUAAUUUUGAUAGAAAUCUGUAACUGAAGAUUCGAAAUUUUUGGUUUUUAAAAUUUUUUUGAACAUUAAACAUUAGCCCUGAAAAUUUCAGUGUUCAUAUAGAAGUUUCUUGCGAAAAAAAGUAAUAGAGAGAAAAAAAAGAAUGAGAACGAAAAUUUGGAACUUAUCCUGUCAACCCGUGAUUUUUCAAUCGAUAUAACUUUUUCAGAGGGUCCGGAAGGCAUCAUUUCGCCAUGGCAUGACAUUCCGCUCUUUGCUGACAAGGAAAACCAAAUUUUCAACAUGAUUGUUGAAAUCCCCCGGUGGACCAAUGCCAAGAUGGAGGUCAUUAAUAUUCUGUUGAUCUCUUAAAAGUUUGUAUCUUCAGAUGGCCACCAAGGAAGCCUUCAGUCCGAUUAAGCAGGACGAAAAGAAGGGAAAAGCUCGAUUUGUGCAUAAUAUUUUUCCCCCACAAGGGGUACAUCUGGAACUAUGGAGCUUUCCCUCAGGUUCGUUUUUAAAAAUUGUUCGAUUUAUUUUUUUUUUUGUGUACUGCUUGAAUACAGAAUAUUUUUUUAGGAGAUAGUUUCAUAAUUUUUUUAGAUUCUAUCAGUAAGAAACAUACAAUAAUAUUUGAAUUUUUUCGUGUAAUUUUGUGUCGAAAAGUCUUUACUCGAUUUAAGAGUAGUAGAUGUACUUUUCAAAAAGUUUGAAGAUAUAAUUUUUCGCGUAAAAUUCAUGGAAUACCCAAAUUUAGCCAGAGUUGAAAAUCGCUGAUAAUAGCCCUUUUGUAAAGAAAUAUGCCUUUUCAAAAUGAUUCCGCGCUAUUUGGAAAAGCAGAGAGUGUAAAAGAUAACUCAAUUUCGGAGAGCCAGAGAUAAUUUUGAAUUUCACGAUAAUUACUUUUAACUCAUCGUGAACUACGCGAAAUGACAUGAUUUCAAAAAAAGUUGGAUUAUUUUUCAAAUUAUUAUUUUAAGACCUGGGAAGAUCCGAACCACAUUGUUCCUGACACGGGUGCCAAGGGCGACAACGAUCCGCUUGACGUUAUCGAAAUCGGAUCAAAGGUAUACAUAAAACCUUGUUGAAGCUGUGAUUAGUAGACUUUCGAUGAAAAUAUUCGUGUUUCAAACUUUUUUUUAUUAUAGUUCUAAUCUCUUUCGAACAACACCUUUCAGGUUGCGAAACGAGGAGCUGUCCUUCAAGUGAAGGUCCUCGGCACCUUGGCGCUGAUCGACGAAGGGGAGACCGACUGGAAAAUCGUGACGAUCGACGUCAACGACCCGGCCGCCGCCGAGCUGAGCGACAUCACCGACGUCGAAAGAGUCUUCCCAGGCCUUCUGGCGGUGGGUUUUGUGCAUUUAUAAUCGGAAAUUCUUCGAAAAGAAAGACCUCUAAAAGGCCUCACAUUCUCUAUUUUUGACCUUUUUCGGAAAAGGACCUUAUUAGGAAAAAAAAAGGAGGCGGAAAAAAUGCAAAAAAAAGAAGAUUCAGAAAAACUUGACACCUAUUCAGGAACUGAAAAAGAGCCCUAUAUUGUUCUUUUUUGUGCCUUUUUCCGUGAUCGGUUGAACUUUGCCGUAUAAUCAUUUAUUAUCGAGUAAAAUUCGAAAAAAAAGAAGGGACAACGUACAUGAAAGCGAAAUCCACAGAAGAAAUCUUGAGAUUUUUCAAAAUUUUGUUCAUUUUCAGUUCAUGCCAUACUUUCCUACUUUCCAUGCGAAAUUCUAUAGAACGACAAGCCAAAAUAAGUUUCUUUUUUUUUUAGGCGACGGUCGAAUGGUUCCGUUUGUACAAGAUUCCGGCUGGAAAGCCAGCCAACGAGUUCGCCUUCAACGGCGAGUUUAAGAAUCGCGAAUACGCCCUGAAAGUCAUCGACGAAACUGCGCUCUUCUGGCAGAAGCUCAUCAAGGAGGCGACGCCUGAACUCAACACGUUCGUUUUUUUUUCUCAAUAGAUUUUGAUGGGGUCGAGACGGAAGGUUUUUGAGCACCGCAUUUAAAAAAGUCAUAAAAUAGAGCAAACCCCUGAAUCGAAGUAGAGAUUGCAGUUUUUUAAAAGAAAAUAUUCAGAAUUUAAAUAUUUUUCAGUGUGAGCCGUGUGGUUGAAGCGGCCCACCAGGCGACGGACGACGCGGCCAACGUCGCCCUCGCCUCUCAUCCGGAGCACGGCGCCGAGGCGUCGCUCCCCGAAGACGUCGACAAGUGGCACUUCGUCCAGGGCUGACUAGGCGUGGUCAACUCCAAACUAUAAACCUCCUUACCCUAACUAUUCAUCAAGUUGUGUUACUCGUCUGUUCCCAUCUAUUAAGUUAUGUUGUCUAGAACCUCGUUUAUACACAGUUUAUUGUUUUCUUUUCUGUUUCAUUCCGAGUGACUGGGUUUUUUUAUUUGCUUGUUAGCUCUGUCUUUACAUGAAUCAUUUCGAUUAACCUGUUUUCGAGAGUUCUUUCGUUUACUUCGUGAAAAUUUAUUUUUGAAGAUUGAGAAGUCGAUUUUUCAUCGGCUUUAUGAUUGGAACACGUGAUUCCUUCACUACUGUGGAAAUCAAGUUUGAAAAGUUGAUAAAGGUCAGAAGAAAGAGGGAAUUUUUUUCUUUAAAGCGCGCGAAUUCGAGUAGAGCAAAGUUAUUUUGGCGCCGAGUUUAAAAAAAUUAUCUGAAAUCAGCUUUGGAACUUUGUCUUUAUUCGAUUAUUUUUUUGAAAACUGGAGCCACGUCAAUUCGACAACGUUUAUUCGCUGCAAGAUUUCUUCAUUUUUUCAGUUUUUGUGAACUUUUCGCUGGACUCUUUGCCAACUUUUAUGUGCAGAACUCAGACUUUUCGCUUUUUUGCGCUGCUGGAAGAGUUUUUGUGAAAUAUCUUCACUUUUGAAACGUGAAAAAGCUAUUUUUAUCACGUAGCUUUUAAAAUUUUUUUUUAAAGUAGCCAGUAGAGAUUUCAAUUCGUUGCGAAAUACGAUAUUUAUCAAAGUUUUGGACCUCGUUCUUUAAAAACUCAUGCUUGAUCUUGUUUUGAAGCUUUUUUUCAAUCGAUAAACACUGAUGAUCACGGAUCACAGAUUAGUCAUUUCUUGUCGAAGCGUAGUCAAACAAAUUGAUUAAUUUUAUUUUUUUUUUCCGUUACUCGAAAUUCUGAGAUUUUUUCAAUUCAGAACGUAAAUGUCUUAAAAAUCAUUGAGACCUUAUAUGGCACUCUGAAAGUUACGAAAGCCUGUGAAACAUCUUUAAAAACGUAGUGAUGACUUCAGGGGUUUUCAUUUUCGAGAAACUUCGUAUGUGCGCGCCAUUGACAAUUUUCUCGCAAGAUUUCAAAAUUUUUCGUUUUGAAGGCUCUUUCAGUUUUUUGGAAAUCUUUUUGAUAAUAUUCCAUAUAUCUAGUCAUUUUGAGCACUAGGUGUCUUGAAUUCACAGCGACCUUUUAGGCGGUUUUUGAGGAAAUCGUUUGUUUAGAAAGGAAGUUCCGGCAAGUCUAGGAAUCCACCUCGUCAUUAAGCAUUUUUAAAAACGAUUGAUUGAUGUUUGAAAAUCCUUGCUGUGGAGUUUAAAUGCGCAGCACUUUCGCAUUGUCUGGAAUAAAAUAUGACGUGGCUCUUCGUCUCGAAUGUUCUUUCUAUGAAACAGUGCCCAUUUAAAAAAACCACAGUAGGGAAUUUUUAAAAAAAGACUUUAAUACUUUUUACCCUUUUGUUUUUUUAAAUUUUUACAUGGUGAAUUUCCAACGAAAGUCUAAGUUUCGGUUCUUUUGACGGUGUUUCACAAUCCUAUUUAGCAAGAUUAUUGAUUCUCAAACGUCUGUGAAUCCUCGGCCAGUUUUUCAUUCCAAAAAGUCCAAUCACCCACAUUUUCAAAUCUGACUGUCCCCUAUAAGCAUACUCGUUUUGAUGAAUAAACGUUCGUGAAUAAUGAUCCGCUGCAGAGUCUGCGAAAGCAGAAAACCACCACCGACUUCACGUCGUUAGAGCAACUUUCGAACUCCUUGGCGGGUUUUUUUGACAGCUUGCGCUUGUGCCUAACUAGUCGUGGAACUUUCCCCGCGGCUACGUUAAGUACCUGCUCAACGGCUGCUGUCGAUCCGAGCAGGUCAGAGGUCUUUUGACUCGGGAAAAUGGUGUGCGGGAAUCCAUGCGAAUGCUCUUUAGUUUUUCUUCCAUAUUAUGGCUUUUUUAUUCCCUGAUUUUCAUCUUUUUCUGGUAAAAAGGGUAUUGAAUUCAGUACUGUAACCCUGUCAUAACCUUGUGAGUACUAGUGAGAAUUUCGAUGAAAAGGCAGUGUAACUUGAAUUCGAAGAAUAUUUUUGAACUUUAUUUUUUUCAAUAGAAAAUGUCCCAAAAAAAUUAUUCUGUUCGCUAUACGCGCUAGAAUUUUUUCAAAGUUAGGAAGUUGUCUGUUCUGAAGGAUUUUGCCAGUAGAAAAUGUUUUUUUUUCUCGCCUCUUGCUUUUAUUAACAUGUAAAUUGGUGUAUCAGAUUAGUUAUCGGAACAGAAAUUAACUCCAAAAAAGGAUCAAAUUUAUAUGCUUCUACCAUUUUUGUUAACAUUCCUAUCAGAAGGUUUAGAUUAUGACUAUAGGAAUUUUUGUUGAAUUCGAUCUAAUCCAACUUUUUUUCGUUUCCACUAGCUCACUUCAAAAAUAAAAAAAUCACUUUGAGUGAACUUUUUCCCUUUUCUUUUUUCCCUUUCUUAGUAUUUUUUUGAAUAAUAACCCUAGAUGUUUAAAAGGAGCAUCGAGUUGUUUUCAAAAAAAGGUUUUUUUGGAUCAUAGGCACUCUGAAUUUUUAAUCUAGAUGAUGGAUCACUCUAACAUUCUCAACCACAGCAAGAAUUAUCGAGAAGGCUUUUUUGAAUAAUCGCUUUUCCCUCUCUACUUAGUCUUUUUAUUUUGCUACUAUUAUUUCUAACUAAUAAAAACUAACCAGUCUAUUAGUUUGCAUCACUACUAACAACUAACAUGUACUCGUUUUGGUAUUGGUCGGUUUUUUGAAAGGUUCAGGCUCAAAAAACCUUCAGGGGAACUUAUAUUGAAGAGAAUAUUUUGCAGCGGUUUCUUUAUGACUAGUGUGUUGGAGAACACUUCGUCGUCCGAUUCUUUCGCGCCCCCACCAACGAAGAAGGUCCGAACGGAGAUUGUCGAGGUCGCCGGCAAUCAACAGGUGAAAUAUAUCCUUAUUUUAUCAGGGAGAGAACUUCAGAAAAGAAGAAGUUUUUUUGAAGAAAAAUGAAGAAGACUUUCAGUUACAAUAAUAUCAGGUGGACUUUUUUCGAGUUUCUCGAGAAAUUCGGAAAUCUCAUUUAAAAAAAAAAACGACCAGAGACUUGAAAUAAAUCUGAGGACCUCAAAUUUGAGAUAAUGAAAUGAUAUUAAGAGAACCUUGGAUCAAUAUUUUUUUCCUAUGAAAGGAAAAAUUUUGAUUUUUCCGAAAUAGAAAAGUUUUUCUUCCAAAAAUUUGUUAAAAGCGCUUUCAGAGUGAUUACCGAGUUUUUUUGAGCUUCUUGUAAUUUUUCUCAAGCUUUUUGAUCUUCUGUGGGAUUUUUGUUGUGAUAUAAAACGCUGGACUGUUUAUGGAAUUCAGCAAUUUUUGAAAUUAAAAAAAAAAUAAUGCCCGCACAUCGGGGUGGGAUCCAGCCGAUGUAUGUUUGAAAAAAAAACCAUGAGGAAAUUCAGCAAUUUUUCCAAAAUUUUUUUCGUAAAUAAGAAAUUUGCAAUUUUAUAUGGAAGGGGUGAUUAUGAUGAAAUCGAUCUAGAUACUUCAAAAUAAAAUUUCACCAAGAGAUUCAUUUUCGAGACGAAAUUAUAGGAAACUUGGAAGGAAUGUUAAUUUUUAAAACUAACUUUCCUAUCUUUCUCUUUUUCCCACGUCCCUCCCUUUUCGUACUUCUUGGGAAGGAAUAAUUGACGCAUUUACGAAAAUGACCUUUUUAUCAAUUUUAAGUGAUGCAAACGCUCAAGAAUGCAGACAACUUAUUCAGCGAUUUUUUUAAUUUGAUUGUUUUUUUUUUUUUCUUUUUUUAAAUGCUGCCUUUGCUCAUUCUCAAUUUUCAGAGAAUCAUGUUGGGCCUAUUGACGAAAAAUAGGAACUGACCCAUUUUUGUUCCAAAAUAAAAUAUUUGCCGAACGCGGAAAUCGCUGCUCAUCCGCCGUGGUAUAUUUCUUUGGGAAAAGCUUUUUAUCUGACUUUUCAAAGAUAUAAAGUUUAUUGGCGUUUAUUCUGAAUCAAAAAAUAAUGGCCAAGGUUGUCUGUAAUUAAAUUUUUGCGCUGUUUAUCUUUGAAAGCAAAACGAGUUUAUUGGAUGAAACAAUUUUUUUAUGCUGCUGGCUGGAUUUUUACUUUAACUUUAAGUGGUUUUCUUUUUUUAAAAUUGAAUUUCGUGAAUAAAAAUGUGACCAUAAUUUCAAAAUGGAGGUCAAAAACUCGUUUCGAGCUAGGUUUGAAAUGAUCAUAUACUAGCUUUUUGGCGACUUUUCAAGCCCAGAUUUUGGAUAAGCGGGAAAAUUUGUGUUCAGUGAAUAUAGUCUUUAUAAUAAGUUCUAUCUGCAAACUUUAAUUUUUCAACGUCUCACGGUAACCAUAUUUUUGCCUCAAAAACUUUCUCAAAUCUUAUUUUUCGCUUCCAAAAACGUCAUCGCGCCUUCCUGAAUAGACAACAUGAUGUACAUGAUCUCAUCCGACCUCCCUACCGUAAUUCAGACAAUCGCGAUUAAUUAGGCGUUUUGUGAUAACCUUUGUUGCGUGUAGGCAUCGUUGCUAUGCGACAAAAGAUAGCCGAAAGUUUUUUUUUUUCAAUGUCCGUUUGGCACUCUGAGGCUGUCCUCAUGGGUUUAUUCCGAAAAUGGGACCGUUCUCCUAAAUUCUUCGAUAUUUGUUACUAGUCCUAUGUACAGGAAAUACGUGUCAGAUGGCAAUAUUUUGCUAUUUUUGAAGGUUCGUUGUCAAAAAAUUAUUUUUUAUGAGAUUUAUCGUCUAAAUUUUUAAAUUUUAAUAUGGUUUGACAUGGAAUAUAGAAGCUUUAAUUUCCCGGUUCAACUGGUUAAAACAGUAUAUUUUGAAGAGAGGAGGGAGGGGGUUUCAAAAUUAUCAAAUUCUUUGCAAAAUUUCCGUUAAUCCAGGUUCAUUUUUCACAAAACGUGAAAAUUUUUGGCGAAAAAUUUUCAAACGAGAUUCGUAUAUCAUUUUGAAACGUGGCAUUAAUUCAUUCAUUUUUUUCACACGAAAAAAAAUAUCGUAUCUAUUUUUAUUAUUAUUAUUAUUAUGAGAGAGAGAGAAUGUGAAAAUCCUUAUACGGAUAACCUAGAUUUUUACCUAGAAUGUCACAUUUUAAAAAAAGUUAUUAGCCGAGAAAUAAUCAAAUAAAGAUCCUCAAAUUUGCUUUUCUCUACAACUUCCAACUUUUCAAGAUGAAAAUCUCAUUGAAAAUCUUCAUUAUCUUGCUUUAAAUAAAGUCUCGGAAACUGUAGUGUUUGUUUAAUCGCCUCCCUGCUUUUGUGUGUCUGACGAGGUCAUUGUUUUUGUCAGUUGUUAGUUUUGCGGUUGGCGCUUUUCCUCUUUUUCUCUCUCUCUCCAGUUACGAAAUGAGUUUUUUUGCACCAAGCUCAGCUGUCACGGAUAUUCGUGUCUUUUGUCAUCAUUUUCUUAUUAUCAACAUUUACUUUGUUUUUUCGAGAAAUUGGGACUUUUGAGGGCUUUAGCGUUGAGAAUAUACCGUUUUCUGUGGGUUAGGUUGAAAUUAGAGAUCUAUUAAUGACGGUGUAUCUAUGGACUAUCUUCUUUAGGAAAAAACCGAAAAACUCGGAAAUUUUCUCAGUGACUGGGUAAAUCAUAACAUAGAGCAUCUUUAGGCGAUUCCACGAAAGCUUGGAAAUUCUGGAAGCCGUAAAAAAUUAGAUCUCACAACGAUAUACCACGGGCCACUACGCGUGAAUUUUAAUUUUUCGUUACACAAUGCCCUAAUAAAUUCAAAAGUUGGAGUUUCGCGCGUAAAGGUACACGGCUAGCUUGGGACGCUAAGAGGCGUGUCUUGUCCACCAAACGGGCACUCUCUUUUUUAUUAUUGUGUAAGGACUCAUUUUCGAUGAUCCCAAUUUUUUUUUAACAGCUUCCGAAGUUUCAACUUUGCUUGUUUUGCAAAAUCAUUUUAACGAAUAACGCGUCAAUUUUGAAGUCGCCCGAAUUCCUUCGAAAACGGCAAUAGUUCGAGAUUUUUCCGAAAAAGUAAUAGUGAAACAAAUUUUUUUAUUUCUUGGGACUUUUUCCAAAUUUAUUAUACGCUAAAGAAUGAUUGAGUCGAGAGAUUCUUCUUAGAGUCAUAUAUCCACAUAGAAACUGUUGAAAAGAUGUAGCCAUUUUUUAAAAUAAGGUUGAGUUAUCUAGUUUUUUUUUCUUUGAUUAUUUUUAAUUGCAUUUUUUUUCUCAGGAAGGCGUCGAAUCACUCAAUCAGACGACGAAGGGCGAUAACAACAACGACAAGGCGAAAAUGGCGCAAAAUAACGCGAAAAACGGCAAUUCCAACGGUACGGACGAUGCCAUCGACAAGGAUCUCUACUCUCGACAGAUGUAAGUUUUUAAAAUGUGGAUGGAUUUGUGUUUUAGAUUUUUUUAUAAAAGGCUUGAUAAGAUUUUUGUGUGUUUUUUUUUCAGCAUUUUGUGAGGAAAUUUUUGUUAAAUCUUUCGAAUUUUUUUCAUGAGGCGGGCAUUUUUUUAAAUUUUUAUUAGGAGUUUCGAAAAAGACAUUUGAAAAUUCGUUGUCUUUGAAUGAUUUUUUUCUAGGAAGUUUUGUUAAUUUCGCGAAGUUUGAAAGAUUAGUUUUUGAGGUUCUGGAUUUUAAAAAAUUUCUUCAGUAAAUUUGUCUCGAAAUUUGUUUUUCGAAUAUUUCCUCUAUUCGGUCUUAUAUAAGUUAAAUAUUAAUUCUCAUUAUAAGACGUUUUUUUCUCAAAAAAACUUACUUGUGAAAUUGUUGGCGCUUAUAUAGUCAAUGUUUCCCGACUUGAAAGGCGAGGGAGGCGGGGCAAGGGGCGGGACGCGUAGCGUGUGCGUUCGCGGUUCUUGGCGCCAGUUCAAUUCAAUCGCCGCCGACUAUUUAAAAAGCUCGGCCACCGCUCUUUUUUUCUGUAUUUUUCUUCUAUUUUUUUGAUGCACACAUGAACAUAAUCAAUAAAUAAUUAAAAAACAAGUGAAAAGAGCAAUAAAUAAGCUCUCUGAAUGCUCGCUAGCGGUUGAAUUGAACACGUGCCAAGAACCGCGUACGCACACGCUACGCGUCCCGCCCCUUGCCACGCCUCCCUCGCCUUUCAAGUCGGGAAACAUUGACUAUAAUCGGAAAUAAUACAAAAAAUGGCUUUUUGCCUUGACAGAUUUCUGAAAAUUUCUAUAUUUCUUCAAGCAACUGAGAAAAUUCUAGAUAGAAAUCGAUAAAGUCAAUGUUAAAUUUUUGAUUUUCCAGCUAUGCCCUCGGAGAAUCGGCCAUGUUGAACCUGCGCCACGCCUCUGUGCUCAUCUCGGGUCUUGGAUCAGUCGGCGUCGAAAUCGCCAAAAAUCUCAUCCUUGGAGGUUCAUCUUUUUUCAAACUUGAAUUUUUAGAGCCAGGGGAAUAAAGCACGUUUUUCUGUAGUUUCAAAAAGCUUUUUCAACAGAAGAUGAAUCAUUUUCAAUCAAAGUAGAUUUUUAAUACAGAAGCUUUGAAAGACGGGAGAUUUUCAAAAUUUCAAUGUUUUACUUUCUCAGAAGCUUGUCAGAAAAUUCUUAUUCCAUGAUUCAACAGAGAAUCUUUUCUGAAGACUGAAUAGAAAAUGAGAAGCUCGUGGCAGAACGUUAUUUAGAAAGCUGACUUUUCUUUUUCAAAUUUUUGAAUUUUUCAGGAGUCCGUAAUGUGACCCUUCACGACACUCGCGCCGCCGAAUGGCAUGAUCUCUCGGCUCAAUAUUACUUGACCAAGGAAAACCUCGGAGAAAACCGCGCGGCGGCUUGUCGACAGCGGCUCGCCGAACUCAACGACACGGUCAACGUCGGCCUCAAGACUGCUGAGCUCACCGAGAAGGACGUCACCGAGACUGAUGUACUUUUUUGUCGGAUUUGGUUUAGAAAAUCGUACCAGAAAAAGUACUUCCCGGCGGUUUCCAAGAGCUUGUUCACCCAUAUCGAAUGAAGAAAAGGAGCUGGUUUCAUUUAUGGGCUACCCCAUUAAGGGCUAGCUUGAAACAGAAAUUACUAGAUUUUCAACAGAAAAACAGCUCGUAGUAAACACUGAGAUUUUCACAUCCCGUCCGAGCGUUAGAUUGUCCCGUGUUAUGCAAAAAAGACCGUAUACAAAAUUAGGCCAAAUUUCGCUUCAAGACCUUUCUUUUUUGUCUUUUCUGUACUUUUGUUAAGAAAAAAAUUCAAAAAAAAGCUGUGUCGACGGUAGCUAUCUUUCUUCUGUGUUUUUAAAACCAACACCAAAAGGAAUUGUGAUUCAAUAGGUGGUAAACUUCGCUUUUUACUCUAAUUUUGAACGGCCUUACUUUUGAAAAUAAUUAUUCCCUUUUUUCAAUGAAUUUUCUCAUUUUUAUUUCACCUUUUUAUCAUUUUUAUCCUUUUGAACAAAAUCCUAGAUUUUUCAGAAACUUUUGCUCAUCAGAAAAAAAAGUUGCAGUUGAUCAUCCUGACUGACACGAACCGAGCCGAGCAGCUUACUUUGUCGAAAUGGGCUCGAGUCCACGGACGGAAACUGCUGGUGGCCGACGCCCGCGGUCUCUUCUCCUACAUUUUCGUAGACCUCGGCGAGAAACACGUCAUCGACGACCGGAAUGGAGAGCAAGUCCGCGAGUUCCUCAUCGAACACGUCGACCGCGACACGGGUGACGUCACCACCCUCGAGAACCUCUUCCACGGCCUCGAAGACGGCGAUUUCGUCACGUUCUCCGAAGUCAAGGGCAUGGACGAGCUCAACGGCUGCCAGCCCCUCAAGAUCACCGUGAAAAAGUGCGGUUUUCUCGUUGUCUUUCCGGAAUUUUUAGUCGAAUUUCAGAUCCUUACAUCUUCAACAUUGGAAAUGCGGCCGCUGGAUUUGGAGAGUACCUGGAAGGAGGUCGCGCCAAACAAGUCAAGGUGAUUUUAGAGAUCAACGACUGUCUGAAGAGACGACAGAGAAAUAUAGUGUUUUUCUUUCUUUGGAAGGUCGCCGGUUACCUCAAUCUAUCACUUUUUUGCGUUUUCCCGACACAAUGAAAAAAUAGAGAGCAACUUUGGUUUGAAGAAACGUUAGAGAAGCAGAGAUUUCUUUUUCUCUAGUGCCUAUCGUGGCCGUAGUUUCUCUCUGCAUCCUGAUUCGAAGGGAAGAAGUAAAAGGGCAGAUUGGGCCUAAAUAGACUCCCUGCAAAAGUAUGAAUAUCCCUUUAUCUGGUGUCUCUCCAGGCCGUUACUGGUCUCUUGAUGUUUUAUAGCCUCAAGAUUAUAGCUGCCAUCGACGAUCUCGUUCAAAUCCCUGGAAGAUUCCAUCAAGGAGCCCGAGCACGCGAUUUGGGAUUUCGCCAAGUUUGACUAUCCCGACAAGCUGCACGCUCUCUGGGCUGCCCUCUACUCUUUCGAGAAGAAACACGGCCGUCGACCUGCGCCUCGCUCCGACGAAGACGCCGCUCUGUUGAAGGCCGAGUUGCGUCCGGGAGCUGAAGUCGAGGAUAAGCUCGUCCAGCUCUUCUCCUACCAGGUGAGAAUGGGAAAAGAAUCAUCCACCUGGAAAAUUAACUCAAAGACCCUUAAAUUUAAUUCUGAUAUAUUUAUCGUUUAGGAACGCCAGUGGUCCCUGAGGGGUUAGGGGAAAAAUAGCCCCCGUGUAGGGAACAAAAUAGUGACUGCUAUAGGGAUAAAGUUCAAUAAGUGAUUUGAAAGUUAAAAAGGAAAACUUGAUUAAUUUUUCUGUGUUGAUAUUUUUCAAUUUAAUGAGGCCUAAAACCCCUAGUAUGCCCCCCUCCCCCCCUAUAGGGCUCACGAACGGAUGACCCUAUAGGGGGAACUAAAGCUUGCCAAAGUGGCCCUUCAAAGUAAGGUACGGUGGUCCCUAAGUGGGAGCCUUCGAGGGUCCCUAAGGUUGCCACUCUGGAGCUCCUAAGUGGUUUUGACUCCAUCAAUACUCCGGUUGACCCUUGUUAAACACUCCAAUUUCAGGCCAGCGGAAAUCUCGUCACCGUUGCAUCGGUGGUCGGAGGAAUCGCCGCCCAGGAAGCCAUGAAGGCCGUCACUCGACACAUGACGCCCCUCAAGCAGUUCCUUUACCUGGAUCAUCUGGAAGCUCUGCCCGGCGACUGGACCGCCUUUGACAACGCGAAGCUCACCGCCGCCGAUUGUCAACCUCGUCAGUCGCGCUACGACGGCCAGGCGGCCAUCUUCGGCUGGCCCUACCAGGAGGCCCUCUUCAAGCAACGUUGGUUCGUCGUCGGAGCCGGCGCCAUCGGCUGCGAACUGCUCAAGAACAUGGCGAUGAUGGGCGUCGCCUGCGGAGAGGGCGGUCUGAUAAAGAUCACCGACAUGGACCAGAUCGAGAUCAGCAACUUGAACCGUCAGUUCUUGUUCCGUCGCAAGGACGUCGGGGUAAGGAAGCUGGGAAAAAAAAUUUUUUUUGUAGCUUUUUUUGUGGGGAUUAUAUUACUGUGUGGCGAGAAUAGCUAGUUGAGGAUCAUUCAAGAAAAGGUGGACAACUGUUAACACCAAUAGAUAAUUUAGUCUUGCUGGAAUAACGAUUUUUUCAAACCUCAUUUCACUUGAGAACUUGAGAAGCCCAAUUUCAAGAAUAAACGACUGAUUUUUGAUAAUUUUAGCAAAAGAAAUCGGAAGUUGCGGCCCGCGCCGUGACUCAAUUCAACAAAGAUGUCCAUAUCAAGGCUCUGGCGGAAAGAGUCGGCGCCGACACGGAGAAUAUUUUCAACGACGACUUUUUCGAGGAGCUCAACGGAGUGGCCAACGCCCUGGAUAAUGUUGAUGCUCGUGAGUGCAAAUUUGCGGGUUUUUCAUCCGAAAAUGCUCAUUUUGUAGGGCGAUACAUGGACAGAAGAUGUGUCUAUUAUCGUCUGCCGCUUCUCGAAUCUGGUACCAUGGGAACCAAGGGAAACACUCAAGUCGUCUAUCCGCAUCUCACCGAGUCCUACAGGUAAAAAUGGUUUUCAGAGGAUUUUUAUUGGCAAAAAUCGGAUGGAAACAACAAGCAAAAAACUUUUGCGACGAAAAACAAGAGAAUCUUUUCAGCUCAUCGGCCGAUCCACCAGAGAAAGAGAUUCCGGUGUGCACCUUGAAGAACUUCCCCAACGAGAUCCAGCACACGAUCCAGUGGGCUCGCGAGCAAUUCGAGUCGUUCUUCAACCAGCCGGCCGACAUGGCCAACAAGUUCCUCGUGGAUGAACGCGGCUUCAUCGAACAUCUCGAGAAGUUGGCCAUCGGCCAGAGGAUCAUGAUUCUUCAGCAGGUCUCUGGGGUCACGGAAUUUGAUUGAUCUUCUGGAAGAUUUGUAAAAUAUCUAGAAAAAAAAGUUUUGUGAAGGAUGAUUUGAACUUUAAGCAGAGUUCGAAGAAUGAUCGUGGUUAAAUUUUAUAGUAGCCGAUUUAUGUCUAGCUCAGACGGGGAGAGUAACUGUCUGCGCUCUCCACCAACCAAACACUGUCUCUUUUUUCGUGUCGGGACCCUUUUUGGAUUAAGUCAGUCGUGAAUCAGCUUUAGCUUAUUUUAUUUGGGACUGUGUGAAAAAUGAUAACGAAUAACUUAGCUGACGUUUGAAAGUUUCAUCCCUUUUUGAGAUGAUUCAGAAGUCUUGAUGCAAAUUGCAGUAAUAAUAUUUAAAACCCCAGGUGAAAGACACGCUGAUCGACAAGCGUCCGACGAGCGCCGAGGACUGCGUCCGCUGGGCCCGCGACCAGUUCCAGGACCUCUACCACAACGCCAUCGCCCAGAUGCUCCACUCGUUCCCGCCCCAUCAGCUGACCGACAGCGGAGCCAAGUUCUGGUCGGGCGCAAAACGGUGCCCGCACGUCUUGCAGUUUGACGCCUCCAAGGUAUUUUCUUGGGCUCCUGAAUGACUUGACGGAAUCUUAGAAAGCUAUAGAUCGUUUAAAAUAUAAAUGGGUGGACGUUUUCGUCUCAAAGUUCUCUCUAGCUUUCAAAGAUUUCUAGCUUGGAGAUACAGUAAUAGACUCUUUAAACAGUGUCUUUUUUUAGCCGGAGCACUUCAACUUUGUCUACGCUGCGUCCAUUCUUCGGGCUCAAUUGUACGGAAUCCAGCCCAUUCUCGACAAAGCUCACGUUGCUUCGGUAAAAAUUAUUUCUUUAUCCUAAAUUAAUCAAAUCAAUGCUCACUUUUUUUUUCUUGAAAAAUGCCAAGAGAACUUUGAAAAAUGGAGUUUUUUUGAGAAAAAGAUUUUGAACAAAAAGCGGAAAAAAAGAUAUUUUUUCUGAGCCCGUAAGAUUCAAAGAAGAUUGUGGAAAAAAGCGCCGAGAAGAGGCCUUUUUAGUAUUAUUUUGUUAAGUGUUCUUCAGCGAUUCGUUUCGGAAUUUUCUAAGUAGACCUCGUGCCACAGUUUAUACCCGUCGUAUUGGAGAAGUCAACUAUUUGUAUGUGAAACGUUGAAAAAAUCAAGUUGUUUUAAGAUUAUCACAGUUUUUGAUUUAUCUGUCUAUUCUAGAUCGCCAGCUCUGUUGUGCCGACGGCGUUCAAGCCAUUGGUGGGCGUGAAAAUCGCCACGACUGACGCCGAGGCGAAGCAACAGGACAGCUCGGCUUUGACUGAUGGAUCUGAUGGUAAAAUAUAUAUUUUUUUGGAAGUUAAAAAAAAUUAUAUCAAGAUAAGGCAUGAAGAAAACGGAACGAAAAUUCUUGAACUUCAAUUUUAGUUAUACAGGAUUUUUGAAGACGAGGUCAUACAAAACUUUACAGAGAACAAAAAUGGAACAAUUGAUGACCGUUAAAGAGAUAUAAUCAUAAGAGAGCCGUUAUCUGCAAAAUACUUAUCGCGUGUUUUUUCCAGAUGACGCGGUCGUUGAAGCCUUGAAACUGAAACUGGCGCGUUUGAACGUGAAGUCUGUGGCGAAGUUGGAAGGCGUCGACUUCGAGAAGGACGACGACACCAACCAUCACAUCGAGUUCGUCGCGGCGGCGUCCAACCUUCGCGCUGAGAAUUAUGACAUCGAAGCGGCUGAUUCUAUGAAGGUAUACAAAAAGCAAACUAGUUUUUAUGGUCAGAAGUGUAAUCCUCUGAUAAGUGAAUGGAGCAAUCUCAAAAGGGGAAGAAUGAAUUCAGAUGAACUUCAUACUUUUAGUUUCCCUGCUGAAGAAGAAUUUUCAGACGAAGCAAAUUGCCGGCCGAAUCAUUCCGGCCCUCGCCACGACGACUGCAGCUGUCGCCGGCUUGGUCUGCAUCGAGCUCUACAAAAUUAUCGACGUCAACGGCAUCCCCAAGACUCCGCUGGACCGCUUCAAGAACGGAUUCAUCAACCUGGCGCUGCCUUUCUUCGGAUUCUCGGAACCUAUCGCGGCUCCCAAGAAGAAGGUAAUCGUUUGAAGUAAAGGCCAAGGAGCGUUUCAAAUAAAUCUAUGAAAUUUAGCUUUUGAGGGGUCUGGCAGUUCGAUGAAAUUGUACUACUGAAAAAAUAAUUGAAGGAAAUUUUUCUGAACUCGUUAAUUACCUUUGUAUUUUAUUAUUUUAUAAUGUUUACAAUUUGGCACAUUCGUCGGCUGGGCCCUAUUUCAGUACGUGUUGAGAUUUUUUUCGCGCGCCAAAACACAGGGAUCCAGCCCACGUAUGAUAUGGAUGUAUUAUAAUGUAGGGAAAAGUGCUCAAGUGGGUCUUAAGAAGUAAUUUCUGAAUUGCGAUAGCAUAGCAUUUUUCAGUACGGCGACAAGAGCUUCACUCUCUGGGACCGCAUCGACAUCACUGGACCCAUCACGCUGGAGAAGUUCAUCACGGAGCUGAAGAAUUCGACCGGUUUGGACGUCUCGAUGGUGUCGGCCGGCGCCUGUCUUCUCUACGCCUUCUUCAUGCCGGAGGCCAGAAAGAAGCAGCGUCUCAACACUGAGUACGUCUUCUCGUGAUUUGGAAUGAUGCAGAAAAAAUUUUCCUAGAGUUAAAACGAGGAGUUUUCUCUUUCAUUCUUUCAGUGAUCUUUGGGUUUUUUGUCUUUCUUUCUUGAAAAGUUUCAGUCCAAAGUUAGAAUAAUGGUUUUUAGUGUGUAGAGGGAACAUUUUAAAAAAUUAAGAGAAGAAAAUUAAUUUCUUGAAUCGGUUUCAAGUCUUUAUAAUUGAGAUUAUUUUUUGUUCUUCAAUGGCGUAUAUAGAGCGUGAAUUAUCGUUGAUAAGGUCACUGAACAGAGCUUCAAUGAUAAAAUAACUUUCAGAGACCUUUUUGGUAAGAUAUUUUGUCUAAGUGUUUAAGUAAAUAUUCUAUAUCUGGAUAUAGACAUUCCUUGAUCAGAGUUUCAUUGUAAACUUUAUUUUUCUCAUCGCCUCAUUUCUUCAGCUUGCGAGGCAUUUACGAGGAGUUGACGAAGAAGAAGAUCGACCCGACUGUCCGCUACAUUGUCCUCGAGCCGAUGAUGACCGACCCUAACAUUAUGGACGAUGACAACGACGUCGAGAUCCCCUACAUCCGAUACUCGCUCUGA